CAUGGCGCCGCAAAAGUCGGUUCUGGACACCGGGUACAGUUUCAAUUACAAUCCUUGUUGGGAUACUCAGAAAGCUAAAAUGGCAACGUUGUCGAGCUGGCCCAACAACAUUGAGAUAACAACAUUACUACUAACCAGGAAAGUCAUCUCAAGAACCCAUGCAUGCGUAUUAAUGCGUACACCCGCGUACGUACCUACUGCAAGUACAAAGGACUGGAUACUUGAUGAAAGGUGCGUAUAUUCGCACGCACGUGCAACACUCAAUCUAUAUAAACAGUUGAAGAUUCAAAAUUUUGCAUCAGUCUGAUCUUGUUUGUAUAUCACAACAACAUCCCAAUCCUACAACAUGAAGUGCUUCGUCGUUUUCUCCGCCAUUAUUGCCAUGGGCAUGGCUUUCCCAGCCAACCCAUACCAACCCGCCCCUCACGGUGCCUACAAAGAAGAAUCGCCCAAGCCUUUUUCCUACCAAUAUGGCGUGGCUGACCAAUAUUCGGGGACCAAUUUCCAGAAGAACGAAAACCAGAAUGAUUACGGCGUAGUUGAAGGAAGCUACACCGUCCUUUUGCCCGAUGGCCGUAAACAAAUUGUCAAUUAUCACGCCGAUCAUGAGGGCGGGUUCAUUGCUGACGUCCAGUAUGAAGGCCAAGCCCAAUACCCUGAAGCCCCCAAAGGAGGAUAUCACAGUUAGACUUAGACUUAGAGUCUUGACACACUUGUAUCUAUGAGCUAAUAAGAAAUAUGAUUAUUUAUAUUCAGUA